AUGGGGGCUAAAGGACCUUGGAUCCAGCUCCAGAAACUCCUAAGCUCCUGGGUGGUCAGAGAGCAAGACAGGGACCAGAAACUGGAUGAGGCCCACAUGCUGCAGCAGAAGAGGAUACUGGAGUCUCCACUGCUUCGGGCAGCCAAGGAAAAUGACCUCUGCACCCUUAAGAGACUUCUGCUGGACCAAAGCUGUGACUUUCGACAAAGAGGAGCCCUAGGGGAGACGGCGUUGCAUGUAGCAGCCCUCUACGACAACCUGGAGGCUGCCACGCUGCUGAUGGAGGCCGCCCCUGACCUGGUCACGGAGCCCACUCUGUGUGAGCCAUUUGUAGGUCAGACUGCCCUGCACGUCGCUGUCAUGAACCAGAACGUGAACCUUGUGCGUGCCCUGCUCUCCCAUGGGGCUAGUGCCUCCGCCAGGGCUACAGGCCUCGCCUUCCAGCACAGCCCCCAUAACCUGAUCUACUAUGGGGAGCACCCUCUUUCCUUUGCAGCCUGCGUGGGCAGCGAGGAGAUCGUGCGACUGCUCAUAGAACACGGAGCUGACAUCCGGGCCCAGGACUCACUGGGGAACACUGUGCUGCACAUCCUCGUCCUGCAGCCCAACAAAACCUUCGCCUGCCAGAUGUACAACUUGGUGCUGUCCUAUGAUGGAGGGGUCCACCUGCAGUCCCUGGAGCUCGUGCCCAACCACCAUGGCCUCACACCCUUCAAGCUGGCUGGCGUGGAGGGCAACACUGUGAUGUUCCAACACCUGAUGCAGAAGCGGAAGCACAUUCAGUGGUCGUGUGGGCCCCUGACCUCCACUCUCUACGAUCUCACAGAGAUCGACUCCUGGGGAGAGGAGCUGUCCUUCUUAGAGCUCGUGGUCUCUUCUAAGAAGCGGGAGGCUCGCCAGAUCCUCGAACAGACCCCAGUGAAGGAGCUGGUGACCUUGAAGUGGAGGAAAUACGGGCGGCCCUACUUCUGCAUCCUGGGUGCCUUGUACAUUCUCUACAUGAUCUGCUUCACCGCAUGCUGUGUCUACCGCCCCCUCAAGUUCCGUGGUGACAACCGUACACAUUCUCGAGAUAAUGCCAUCCUCCAGCAGAAACCACUAGAGGAGGCGUAUGUCACUUUCCAGGAUUACAUCCGGCUGGCAGGGGAGUUGGUGUCUGUCACUGGGGCUGUGAUUAUUCUGAUCAUAGAGAUCACAGACAUUUUCAGAGUCGGUGCGUCUCGCUAUUUUGGACAGACUAUCCUCGGGGGCCCAUUCCAUGUCAUCAUCAUCAGCUAUGCCUCCUUUGUGCUUGUGACCAUGGCGAUGCGGCUCACCAAUGUGAAUGGGGAGGUGGUGCCCCUGUCCUUGGCCCUGGUACUGGGUUGGUGCAGUGUCAUGUACUUUUCUCGAGGACUCCAGAUGCUGGGCCCCUUCACCAUCAUGAUCCAGAAGAUGAUUUUUGGGGACCUAAUGCGUUUCUGUUGGCUGAUGGCUAUGGUCAUCCUGGGAUUUGCCUCAGCAUUCUUUAUCAUCUUCCAGACAGAGGACCCAUCCAGUCUGGGGGAGUUCUCUAACUACCCCACAGCACUCUUCAGCACCUUUGAGUUGUUCCUCACCAUCAUCGACGGCCCUGCCAACUACGAUGUGGAUCUGCCCUUCAUGUACAGCAUCACCUACGCUGCCUUCGCCAUCAUCGCCACGCUGCUCAUGCUCAACCUGUUCAUCGCCAUGAUGGGCGACACCCACUGGAGAGUGGCCCAGGAGCGGGAUGAGCUCUGGAGGGCCCAGGUCGUGGCCACCACGGUGCUGCUGGAAAGGAAGAUGCCCCGCUUUCUGUGGCCCCGCUCGGGCAUCUGUGGGUGCGAUUAUGGCCUGGGGGACCGAUGGUUCUUGAGGGUUGAAAACCACCAGGAUCAGAAUCCUUUGCGAGUGCUUCGCUAUGUGGAAGCGUUUAAAAGCUCAGACAAGGAGGAGGAACAAGAGCAGCUUUCUGAGAAACAGCCCUCUGUGAAUGAGAGUGAGACCCUGACCAGAGCCUCCCUGGUCCUCCAGAGCCCCUCCCUGUCCAGGAACACAUCCCAGAGCAGCAGCAGUCACUGGGGCUGGGAGAUCCUUCGUCGAAACACACUGGGACACUUGAAUCUUGGAUUGGACUUUGGUGAGGGGGAUGGAGAGGAGGUGUACAAUUUCUGAUUAGGAUUCCUGUUAUUCAUGACCUGUGGUGGGACAGAGAAGGAGAUGUCUACUUAUGCAGUUACCUAACUUUCAUGCCUGGUAAUCACACAGCAGUAUAAACAGAGUAAUUCCUAGAAGGUCUUAUCUCAUCCAUCCCAUCAGCAUCUCUGGAGAUGGGAAAUGGUCGUGUAUUGAAGCAUACAUCUUACAAGUACCUGAAAAUCUCAUACCUUGAGAAAAGCAGGUAUCUUUUUGAACAAACUUGAACUUGGUGAUUAAACCCAUGAGGAAGGGAGGGUAAUCAAUGCCUGAGCAUUUCUCUUCUGACCAGACAGCUACCAGAAGGUAGCAAGCUGUGGGGCCUGUCUGACUGCCAAGGACCUAAUAUGGGAAGAGUCAAGCAUUGCAUAGAGGUUGUGGCCUUUCUUAUUUUACUAAACCCAUUGGGACCCUAUCUCUCUCUAGCAAUCAAACCAACUAGAAAAUUGCAAGAAGAAAGGUCCUUUAUCCUUGCUUUCUUUAAAUUUUCUCUUUUGUAGUAAAAUAUGUAAAUAUAAAAUUUACCAUUUUAGUCUUUUAUAGAUGUACAAUUCAGUGGCAUGAAAUACAUUCACAUUAUUAUACAACUAUACCAUUCUUCACGUACAGAACUUUUCAUUAUCACAAACUAAGUUACACUCAUGAAGCAAUAAUUCUCCACUGUUAUGCCCUCAAGUCUCUGAUAAUCAACAUUGUUCUGUCUAUGAAUUGGAUUUUUCUAUGUACUCCACGGAAGUACAACCAAGCAAUGUCGGUCCUAUUGUGUCUAGCUUAUUUGUUUAAUAUUAUCAAGGUUUUGAUCUACUGUAGCAGGUAUCAGAAUUUCAUUUCUUUUUAGCACAGAUGAUGUUUCUUUCUGUACACACCACAAACACGCACACACAAACACACACGUCUUGUUUAUUCAUUCAUUUACCAAUGUACACCUGGGUUCUUUACUUUCACUUUUUUGUAUAGUGAAUACGGUUGCUAUAAAAAUGGGACUUUACCUAUUGAAGUUCCUGCUUUCAAUAUGUUCAGUAAUAAACCUGCAAAUGGAAUCACUGGAUCACUGGGCAAUUCUAUGUCUGAGAAAUUGCAAUAGUUUUUUCCACAUUUCACCACUGUGUAUUCUCUUAUAAUCUCAUUAUAGGUUUGAGUUGCUCAUCCCUAAAGAGUAAAGAUUUUGAGCAUAAUUUCUCAUCCUUAUUUAUGAGACUUUUAUAAAGUUUUAGACAAUGUUUAUUCAAGUUUGUUGCCUUAUAUUGAAUUUUUUUACUGUCGUGGAGUUGCCUGAUCAUGGCUUUUUGAGGGUCGCAGUUGGAAGGUUUUGCAUCUCAUUUUCAUCCUGGUGUGCUUUUAAUAUGGGUGGUGAACUAUGCCUUUGUGUGUUCCAGUGGUCCAAUGGUUUCUUCUAGAAGACCUUCCCUACUCUAGCCUUCAGGUGUCUGUAUUGCAGGUGACCAUUGCAGAGCCUGAAGGCAAAAUCUCUGGCCUUGUACUCUGAGGUUGUCAUGCUCCAUACACACUCUUUGCCUCUAUGCUGAGCUGUGAACUAUGCAACAAUAAUAAAGGACUGAACGUCUCUGUUAGGAAGAAAAUUUGGAACCAAGAUGCCCAUUUUGAGGCCUCAUACACAGCCUCCCUAUUGUCCUUAGCUCCUAUGCCUUAUCUCAGCCCUAUCAUCACCUCCAACAAAAGCCACAACUACUUUUAAGAAGACUGUUGUGCUGACUGACAAGGAGGUCAAGGGGAUUUGUGAAACCACAAAAAAUUUCAUUCAGAUACGUAAACUCAGAGCUGCAUGCCCAAGAGCAAGGGACCACACACAUUCACACACACAAAAAGACAAUAUACUGGUGCACACAUUAGUGGCACUGUGUUUUGUUCAUUGCCUGGGCUGUCACACCUGCUUUCAUAGGGUACCACAUAUAAGCUUGUGAUUUUCAAGCACCUCUCACUAGUUUAGAUCUGUCUCCUGAGCCCCAGGCAUGAUCAGCGUGGACACCCAUCUAUUGGUCUGCUCUGCCUGGAUUAUGUGUAGGCAUCUCCAACUCAAUAUGUCAUGAACUGAACACCAAACCUGCUCUUCCUCACCAAACCUGUUCCUUCACUGGUGUUCCUGACCAAAUAAGCGAGUGACACCAUGACAGACAAAGUUGACUGAACCAAAAUCCUCGUAUCAGCCCUCAGUACUUCUGCCUGUGUUCUCAUACCAAGGAACUACAAGUCUUAUGGAUAUUUAUCUCAAAAACAUCUUUUCUGAAAAAAUACCUAAUUUUGAUUAGACAGAAAUGAAGCUCUCCUACUUCUGCUCCAGCCCCUCAGGAAUUUUCCUCAGGGAACAUGUAUGAAUAAAAUCCACUGUUUAUCUCUGUAAAAAUUUAUCUGUGUACCUAAUGACAUGUGUGCAGAUAGAAUUUUUCAUCAUAGUAUCAUAGGAUAUAGAACAAUAGUUCUUGCUUGUCUCACUUAAUGUAUUUUAAAGCUUGUUUGACAGUAUAACAUUUUCAAAACAUCCUAUUUGCUUCUGUCUGUCCAUGCUCUGCUGCUGUUCCUCUAAAAUGGGCCACACAUUGUCCUCCUGCUUUAUAGGACUAUGUUCCCACCUGUUACUCUCCGUGUAUGCAGUUGUGAUCUUCUCCAAUUCAGAGUCUACCCUGCACCCAGAAGCAACUAUGAUCUUUCGGGAGCCCCACCCUUGAACUCACCCCAGAUAACUUCUUCUUUUUCUCUCUUCUCCAGUACAUUAUUCUCCAAGAUGAAUUAGUUCUAAUUCCUCAUAGUUAUCCUCCUUCUCUUUGACAUUGUGGCUUACCAACCUUACUAGAUCCCUGCAAUAAUUCCCUUUUUAUCUUUGUAAGUUUUAUUCACUUUAUUGGUGUCAGUCUGAAGAUCAGAUAUUUGUGUGUGUGUGUGUGUGAGCUUGCAUGGAGGGUACUCCUUGAUUGCAGAGCUAGGUUCAGGAAUAUCUGCUUUAUGUUUCUAGAUCAUUUAUAUCUUUUUUUUAUUACAUGCUCUGCACUUUAAUGCAGUUAUUUAUUUAAAUAUUUGUUUUCCUUAGCAGACUUUAACCACCACAAAAGCAAAGAUGGUGCCAAACUUAUUCACUAUUGUAUUCCCAGACAUAAUGUUGUGUAUUCCCUGUCACAAUACUGAUGCAAUGUGUUGUGAAAUAAACUAUCGUUAA